GUGUCUAUCUCUCGACUCUCUCUCUCUCUGGCGAUGGCUAUCAAACCGGAGAUUUCUGUCUCCACAGCCGCUCCAUCGUGCGAACCGAGGUUAACCUACUCGGAGAUUUACGACUCCGAGUCGGAGAGUAAUCGUUGAAGAGAGCAAUGAGUGCCACGGCCAUAUCACUUCUCUCGCCGUUCAAGCUCAGUCUCGCCGCUCAGGCUGCUAUGGAACAUACACCAGUCUUGUGGUCUCAUGGCAUUGAUGAAAAGGCUGUACUAUUCGAAGCUGGUCAAGCAGCUCUUCCUUUUCUUCAACAAGCUGGUUUGACUUAUGAAUUCAAGGUAUGAAAUAGUUAUCAAAUCAAAUACUCAUGUUUGAUAAUAUAACAGAGCAGAGAAUUCAGAUACUGAUCCUCAGAUUUGAUGUUAUUAGCAUACUUUGUGAAUCAUUUACGGAUAUGCAAAAGUCAUGUGUUUGAUCUGUCCUCAGAUUUGCUAAUGUUACAGUUUGGAGUUGUGUCCUGAGCUAGAGAAUGUCUGUCCCGGAGUUGUGUCCUCUGCUUCUUUGUGGACUGUAUCCUACAGAGACAAAUUGCAUUUAAGACUUUGAUAACUGCAAUGUGUUUCUCUUUCACUGGCUGUUGAAAGCAGAAAGCCAAGAGUUGGAGCUAGUUGGAUAAUGUGUUCCUUACUAUGUUCUGCAUAUGCAUUUUAACAAGUGCCUUUUUGUUAUAUGAAGGACUUGUUGAGAUUAAGAGAAGAGUAUGUAGAAGAAGGCUGAAGAAGGUGAUGAACAUGAUUCUCCAAUAGAAAGUGUGGAGGAGAGCCAGCUGGAGUGGGCGUCGAAUCAGUGUUCCCCUUGUAAGUAACUUCAAGCUUGUGCAACGACUUUAAUAGCCUAUCUCUGUGCAAUGUUGUUCAUUGGUUGUAAUGUCUCUAGUACUCUCUUGAUUGAUUGUACAUUUUCAAUGUUUUGUACUGAGUAAAAGCAAACAUAUAUGCAUUGUUUUACAAAAUUUAAAUUUGUUUAAGAACCCCACCAUUGGAGAAGACAAAACUUCAUGACAUC